UUUUUUCAAUUUAUCAUGAUUACAAUUGCAGAAUUUUCCACCCUUCAAAAACCCGAUACUGUUGAUAAUAUAAUUUAUGAGAAGCCAAAUGCAUAUGAUGAGGAUCCACCUGUUGUAAUAACUGCUAGUCGCCAUAACAGUCGUAGCAGUAAAAUGACAGUAGAUUCUUACGCAAGUCGUUACUUUCAAAGGAGAGGACCGACUGCUAUCACUUGCUUUUCAACACCUCCUCCGUCUACUACUAUAUCACCUGUUACAACUACAAAUUCCAACAUUGUAUCAUCUUUCUUCUUACAGCAAAACAAAAGACGUGGCCCGAAAAUCCGCAAUAUAACAACAACAGCGCCACACAAAAAAUUGAGCACCAAUCCAAAUAGCAACGUAAUUACGUACAGCUUUAGAAAAUCAUCCACGCUUACGCCGGAUCAGCAUGAGAUUUUCCUUCAUAUUGAUCAUCCUGACGAAGACGAUGAAGAUGUCAUGGUGUACAGAAAAAUCCAGCCCCAUUCUUAUAUUUGGGGCGGCCUUCAAAGUAUGCUUUACAGUAACAGAAAUGACGGUCAGGGAAUUAAGGUAGCGGAAGCGCGCCGCAAUGCAUUAAAAAAUGAUAUUGUGAUUGAAGCAGCGGAUUAUGAAAACACCACCAAUAACAUCCACUGCCAUAAACUGAUUAAGAAGUCGCAAUCUAAUAUUCUAUUCGAAUAUGAAAUCUGGUUUCACGGCUCGUUAAUGCGGUGGAGGAGACCAAGUUUGCUAUCGCAUGAUUUUACAUGUGAAAUUAAAUUGACUCGACAAGAGACAAAACUAUUUCAUCAAAAAAAUAGAGGAAGAUUUCAUGCCGCAAAAGAUGAUGGAUUUAUUGAUAGUGACAGUGAUGACGAUGAUGACGAUCAUGAUAGCCACACACAUAAAACCUGCAGAAGAUGGAAACUGGUAGCAGAGUUUGAUAGCCAUACGAUGAGUUUUGUAAAUAAGGAACUUGGGAUGUUAUCUAUUGAUCUCGAUAUGCUAAAUCAAGUAGAAAAAGAAAACUGUAAUCUACUGGAGGCUAACAUAGUAAUGACUUGUUGUACCUUGAUUGAUCUAAUAAGAAGUAUAAUGGGAAAAUAA